AUGAACAUUUCUCUUCCUCUCUCUUAUAAUUCAUCCCUUCCUUCCUUUCUCCCUCCUCUUUUCUCUUUUAAUGAACUAAACAGAAUUCUCCUUUUCAUUCAUCCUUUGCCCAGUUUCUCAUUUCUUCUACACUUUCUCUUCAUCAUUCUUUUUUUCUUCUUUUCUCUCUUGACUUCCUUUCUAUCAUUCUCUCUUUGCCUAAUUGCACUUCUUUUGAAAGUUACAGAAAUAAUGAAUGUGGCUGCUCUCACUGGUCAAAUCCAGACUUACCCUCUACAGAUAUUUGUAGUAAAUGAUGAAGGCAAUAUUCAUGACGUCACUUGGCUUACUUCUUGUCAUUCCAGCAAUGACAAUGUUCUAAAGGUGUCCAAAAACUGUUCCUUCAUUUAUGUUGAUGGUAAAGAGAAACUUGGUUCACGUAAUGUGACAGUUAUUGCCAAAUCUCGUCAGUUAGUAGCCUUCACCCACGUCACUGUUUGGAUGCCUGAGGAGAGGCUCAAUGUCCAGCUUUCAGAUAACAAACUCAGCCAAAUUAAAAGAUGGAAAACACCCAAAGAUGGAACUGCAAUUCGUCGCAAGAAGCGUGAAAAGAACAACCAUCAUUCAAACGCGGCAGAAGAUCCUCACCGUAGUAUGUGCCGACUUCGCUACCAGCAGACAACUGUUGAUGUUUAUGCUAGCUUUUGCAUCCUGGAGAAUGGAAAACUGCAGUAUUACACAGGCAAGAAAACCUAUCUGAGGGUGACAGAUUUAGUGAAGGACCGUCUGAGGAUGUCUGACCCCAGAAUUGCAUCUCUCAAUGGAAAUAUCAUUGUUGGUCAGGCACCUGGACUUACUGAAAUCCAGGUGUUGUCCCCAACAGGCCGAGUGAUGGCAGCCAAGGAAAUCCGUGUUGGUCAUGACAAGGUGUCUGUCCAGAGACUUGUGGUGAACAUUGUAAGUGGCAUCAACCUUGAGGUGAGGGAAGCAGCCCUGAAUGACCCCACAACUAUUUUGGCACUCCUCCAUGUUGAAAACAAACUCAAGGCUAAAUUCCAGGAAGCAAUAUUAGACAUUGCUCUUGAAUUCACAGACAAGACCACAGUUGCUCUGAAAGACAUUUCCCCUGUUGAUUAUAAGCUGGAAGUUGUUUCACUCAACCGCCAAGUGAUCAAGGUCCCUCGUCCAUUUGGCCUGCCAUACCAACCUGCCAUUAUUGCUACCGGAUCUGGAGAGGGUCCACUGCUUAACGUCUCUCUGCGUCUUGUGCAUCGCUGCUCUCGUAAGAACAUGCAUCCCCUUGUGUCAGAACUGACUCAGGUGCAUGUCCAGUUCACAAAGAAGCAGACCUACUUGGACAACCUGCAGAGUGAUGGCCACUAUGACAACAAAGUGAGUGACCGCUGGAAUAAGCCUGCACCAAAAUCUUCGGAAUCAGUUGCCACAAUUGAUGUCAGUGCUCAGAAUAACAACAAAAUAUACCUGGAUAAGGUGAAGGGAGGCGCCAAGCCCAUCACGAAGGACAAACGCCCGCAGCAAAUUGUCUCCGUCGAAGGCUACAUAGAUGAAGACACUGCUGCACCACAUGCAGGGCCCAAGUCAGAACCCCAGCUACAGCAGGUGGUCAAGGCCCCUCGUCUAUCAGUGUUGGAGAUCAUCAUGUAUGUUUUGCUGGCUGUCUUCUGCAUGGCUAUUAUUGUAUUCACGGUGAACUGUGUUGUGUUCACUGUGCGUUACAGGCGCAAGCAGAUGCCGAAAGAUACAAGAUCUGGCACUGAGCCUGUAACUAGUGCUCGAGACUGGGUUUGGGUUGGACAGGCAACGCUCGAACGUAAUGCCAUCAACACUCGCUGCUCCCAGACACUGAUGCCCGAGGAGGACUUUAACGGAAACCAAAUGCGGGCAAGGCUCUACAGUGGCACGGGCAGUACUGGUUCUUCUGCCUCUGCAUCUGCCUCAUCUGCAGCAUCUGGUGGGGCAGGUAGUGGUGGAGGCGGCAAUGGGGGAAGUGGAGGAGGAGCUGGCAGCAGCAGCAACCGCAACAGUACCGUGUCGACAUAUAUGGGCUCUGAAUGUAGCAUUCGUAUCACAGCAAACCCUCUACCACCUGAAGCGGCCACAGGCAGUGAUGAAAGGGUCUGUAUUUCUCUUGAUGUUAUCUAUUAUUUCUCUCUUUCUGACUUCUCUCUUAUAAUACAUUCUUCCUUUCUCCAUGUUUCUGACAACACUCUUCUCUCUGCAUCUCUACCUAUCUCUCCUUUUAUUGUUUCUUAUUUCUUUCUUUACUUAAUUCCUGCUUAA